AUGCGGGCCCCGCCUGUCCUUAUGCUUAUGGUCAUCCUGCUGAUGUGGUACCCAAAAGCGCCGUGUGUUCAGGACCGGGACUUCGUCGAGCUGUUUUGUGGUAAGAUGGAGGCAGGACUCCGCGGCACCUCCCUCGACAUCGAGCUGGAUCCGCAGACGAUGGAUUUCCUGAAGCCGGCGGGUGCCGUCAUACGUCUGGACGGUCAAUAUUUCGACCGUAUGGAAAUGAACAAUUUCCGUUUGUCUCCGAGGGCAAUGUGCUUUCAAGCAGAGUGUCUGGACUGGAGGCUUCUGGAUGGGUAUGUUCAAUGGGCCAUCAGCGAAGCGACAUACACUCUGGAGCAACGUAAGAUGUCGACACUCCAGCCGUUGUGCCACUACUACAAGGACUCACUGGGAGUACAGCGACGAAUUGGCAAAAGAGCUGAACUGAAAGCCUCUCAGAACUACACGAGGAACUUUGGUGAGUUCCUGGCUGGUGCCUUCCUGAACCUCCGCGCAAUGGGAAAGAAGAGUGCGGCGGCGGACCCGCCGGAAGUGGCUGAUGUUAUGGCUAUGCUUCAAAGCAAGGGAUUGCUAAAGCGUGGUGCUUCAGAAGCCCCAGCAGCUGAGCGAUCUCAGAAGGAGCUUAAGGUUGAGACCCGAGCCCGGAGCAAGCGCAAACAGGCUGAUGCCAAAGCAGAAGCUGAGAAGCCCGAUGAAGAGAAGCCCCCGAAGAAAGGGAAACCCAGCAAGGACCAAGCCGGCAAGAACCCCACCGAGAAGCAGGAGGAACCCAACAAGGAGCAGCCGCAGGAGAAGAAACCCAGCAAGGAGAAAUCCCAGGAGAAACCCGGCAAACCCCCCAAGGAGCCGAAGAAACCCAGCAAGGAGCAGUCCCAGGAGAAACCCAGCAAACCCACCAAGGAGCCGAAGAAACCCAGCAAGGAGCAGUCCCAGGAUGCCACUAAGGAUGAGGCAUCUGCCGAUGAGGAUCUGGGUCCGUUCGAGGAGUUUCCACCUGAGAAACCCGGGGCUUGGGGCGAGGAGUUCUUCGAGACGGGGCUUAAUGUCGUGGUGAGCUGGAAAAACUUGGAUGAUGUGUGGCGAGCUUGCAAGGCUUCCGACAAGCCGAUGUACAGAGACAUGCAGUACGAUGCACUUGUGCAGAUGAUGGAAAAAGCUCUAGGGGCUCGUCCUCCAACACAGGACCCGGGUGCCUCUCUUCAGCAGCAACCUCAACAGCCUGUGGCAUCAGCAGUUGACCAGCAACAAACACAGGAGCAAGAGCAGUCUCAGGAGGAAGGUGAUGACGAGGAGCAAGACGACCAGGAAGGGGAGGAGGAGGAAGCAGAAGAGGAUGAGGAAGAGGAAGAGGUGGAGGAAGUGAAGAAACCGCUUCCUAGCAGUUCUAGCUCCAAGCCACCGCCUGAAACCACAAGCCCGCCGAAGAUCAACACGUGGAAUGGCAUCCCCAGCCCUGCAACGAAGGAGAAAGCCCGCUCCGAGAGCCCCGAACAGGUGAAGCCAACAGACCUGAACAACAAGUUCAAUCGUGUACGGCGGUCCCUGAGUACUUUGGUGCUGGGUGCCCACCUCACCGAUGAGCAGGCAUACGGGAGUCGUCCAGCCUCGGAGGCUGGUGCGGUUCCCGCGGAGGAUCCGCAUGAAGGGUUGGUGAGUGCAUCUCAAGCAGGCAGCGACAGCGAGCUACGAAGUCUCGUGGCAACGAUGCAGUCAGAGAUCACUAGGCUGAAGGCCAUGCUGGCUACGAAGGAUGCGAACCCGGGAGCCCCGCCGGCCACACCGCCGGCCGCACCGCCGGCCGCACCGCCGGCCCCGCCUGCGAAAGCCUCGGUUAAGCACGAGCAGAAGGAGUCGGAUGGGGAGGAUGAGAACGGGGAGGAGCAUGAAAGCGAAGAGGAGGAUGAUGAAGAGGAAGAGGAGGGGGAUGAAGACCACGAGACCCCGCCACCAAAGGGCAAACCGCCUGCCACAACCUCUGUGGCCAAGACCAACAAGCCUAAGGGGCCCAACUCGUCGACCCACCGUGCUCAAUGGAUGAAGUUCGGUCGGCGAAUGGACAGCAAGGGCUCGGAGUUCCCCGAAAUGACUAAGCUGUGGACCGGAAGCAAAGACGAACAGCACGAAGUGUUCGCGAAAUGGCUCGAGGAGGGCGAGAACAUGAACAACACGGAGGCCCAGCUGAUCAUCACCAAGACGAAAUCGGCCGAGGUGAAGAGUGGCUAUGAGGAGCCCACCGUGAAGGAGAUGGUUGCGAGAGGAUUCAGUGCGACAAAGAUCGAAAGCAUAGUCAGAAAGGGUGGAACCCCUGACCCCGACGCCCCUCACUGCCUCGAAUCCAUCGUGUAUGUUUGCCGGAAGAAGAAGAACGUGGAAGAAUCCGAAAAGGUUUCCCAGACCGGCGAAAUCAAGUCGAAGAUGAAGGCCAGUGCCAAGGCCGUGGCCCCGUUGAUGAGGUUGAACGGAAUGCCGGGGCCUGGAUCGACCUCGGGCGCCACCGAUGCAGUUUUGCAGCUUGCUGCGAACGCUUUUGCUUCGGGAUCGGCCGACGCCACCGCCGCCGCCCCCAAGAGGAACCCGAAAAGCAAGGCCAAAGCCAAGGCAAAAGCCUUGAUCCAGGCGCCCAAGACACCCAAAGAGCUUUUGGAUGAAUGCCGCAAAGAGCUGAAGAAAGAGUACAACGCCGCGAAUAUUUGCUACGACCUGCCGAAGGACCAUGCUUUGCGCAAGGACAUGGAAGGCAAAAAGGGCGAUCUGGAAAACCGGCUGGAUGAGCUGAGGAGUGUGGCGGAUGAUGAUGCCGAGGAUUUCGUCGACGAGUGCAAAGCACUGGUCGAAAACACCCGGAUGGUGCGAGCACAGGUCCGUGCUGUGGCAGCUGAGCUCCAGCGCAAAUCUGCUUCGGUUCAGAGAUUUCUUCGAUACGAGAUGAGGCUGGCAAAAACCAUUGGACGUGGCUAUGCAUCAGUCAGGCAUGCUGCAGAGAUCGGUGCUGCGGUGUCACAGGUUUCUCUGCCGAUGCUGGAUGAUGACAAAGUAGUCUGGCGAGACUGGCCGAUGAUAUUGCCGCACAACUUCGAGCUUAGACUGCAGCUAGUUGCUGCAAUGGCCCGUCAUGGUCAUCUUGAUAUGCUGGUGGCUGACUGGGAUAUGGUUCCCGACUACUGGACAAAUUUUCUUCGCGAGCACCCCGGGCACCCUGCAAGGGAUAAAAUGAGUGAUGAAGCUACAGCUGUGAACGAAACCUGGAUGUUUCUUAUGUUUACAAGUGACCUGCACCCGGUGAUCCGGCUACAUUUCUUCGUGGCUGGCUUUCGCGGCGACUGGAAGGCUCUUCGGCAAUCCUUCAACUUCAACCGCUAUGCCGACCGAGACAAGGCGGGCUCGACUCAAGACUUCAGUUCAACAACACGAACAGUUCUCCGUGUGGCUAUUUUUUACCAUCAUCUAGCAAUAAUAGUUAUAAUCAUAAACAAAGGGAAUCCAGAAGUAUAG